CAAUAAAAACAAACCAAAAGAGCAGAUAUCAGCUCUCUACCCUCCUCCAGGCUUCUCCUUCCUUGCCCUUCCCCACCAUUCCCCAGAGCCAAAAAAACUAACACAGACAUUCUCAUUCCCUCCUCCCCAGAUCGAUAAACACCAUGCUGGAAAAGCACAAGGACGACAGGAAAUCACCAGGAGCCUGGAGAGCAACGAAAGAUGGAUUCGGAAAUGGCACAUCCACCUCCUUCUUCCCUAAAGACCACCCUUUCCCUUUCCUCACCAGAAAGUUCCUUCAAUGGACCUUCUACCUCCUCCUCCCCUUCAUCGUUUUCCGCUUCUACUUUUACCCUUCUCCUCCACCUUCCCACCUCGCGAUUCCCCUCUCCUCUCUUCCCGUGAACUCCUCUCCUUCUUCCUCCUUCCCUCCUCAACUGCCAGAGGAAGAGAUGAUUCUGAGCAAGGAAACGGCAUGUGACUACACCCAAGGUAAAUGGGUCCCUGACAAAAUGGGUCCUCUCUACAACGGCACAACCUGCGGGACAAUCAAAGACGGCCAGAAUUGCAUGUCCCAUGGAAGGCCCGACCUAGGUUUCCUCUACUGGAGAUGGCAGCCGCAAGACUGUCAGCUUCCGAGGUUUGAUCCAAACGAAUUUCUCCAAUUUUUUGCUGACAGGCACAUCGCCUUUGUGGGCGACUCCAUGGCCAGGAACCAGCUGGAGUCGCUGGUUUGUAUGCUAUCCUCUGUUUCCCCUCCCAAUCUCGUCUACAAAAAUGGCGACGACAACAAGUUCCGGAGAUGGCAUUUCGCUUCCCACAACGCCAGUGUCUCCAUUUACUGGUCUCCUUUCCUCGUCAAGGGCGUGGAGAAGUCGAAAAACGGGCCGGAUCAUAACGAAUUGUAUCUCGAUCGAAUCGACGAGCGGUGGGGGAAGGAUUUGGAUGGGAUCGACACGAUUGUCUUGUCAAUUGGGCACUGGUUCUUGCAUCCUGCGGUUUACUUGGAAGACGGCAAGGUACUAGGUUGCCACUACUGUCCUGGUCUGAACCAUACCGAAAUUGGGUUCUAUGAUGUGCUGAGGAAGGCAGUCAGGACCACAGUCAACACCAUCUCCGAUAGAGGAGAUGGGAUUGAUGUGAUCCUCACCACGUUUUCGCCAUCUCACUUCCAAGGCGAUUGGGACAAGUUCGGUGCUUGUCCCAAGACCGAGCCUUAUGGCGAAGGGGAGAAGCUGCUGGAAGGGAUGGAUGCUGAUAUGAGAAAGAUCGAGGUCGAAGAAGUUGAAUCAGCCAGACUUGGAAUCGGUGGCAACCAGAAGAAGGUGAGAUUAGAGGCAUUGGAUGUGACCAGACUGUCAUUGAUGCGGCCCGACGGCCAUCCGGGGCCUUACAUGUACCCUUUCCCAUUUGCUAAUGGUGUUGGUGAACGUGUUCAGAAUGAUUGUGUACAUUGGUGCCUGCCUGGCCCUGUGGAUACUUGGAAUCAAAUACUUCUGCAAGUGAUUAAGAGACUGAGGAGGCAAUAAAUCUCUUGUUGCUUGAGGUGUAGAUUGGGUUUAGUUGGUUGUCAUGUUCAUGCUCUCUGCUGAGAGCUGAUUUGUUAUUGUACAAAGGACAUCAAGUGUGUUUUACAGAAAUGCUGUCCAUUAUUGCCAGAGUUUCAGAUUCAUUGUGACUCGAUCCAGUUUUUGGUUCUAUGAACCUUGUCUAGUUGACGAGCGUCGAGCUGUAUUUUUUGUUUCUUGACUUUUUGAAUAAAUAAACAACAGAAAAGCCCCUGGCGGUUUGAGUACCUUGAUGUGUUGUUAACUGUUCUUCGCUGCUGCGUGCCUGUAGUGAACAUUAGAGGGAUUGACUUGAACGAGUCAAAAUUGCAGAGUUGAGAGUUUGUUGUAUAAUACUAUUUAUGGCUCACUGGAAUCUCAGAACCAAGAGGCGAAAUUUGUUAAACAACUCCAUCUGAGAGCUUGAAAGUCCAAAGGAAAACAGAAUCACUUAUUCCAAGUUGGAAUAAUAGGUUGGGGACUUGGGGUUGGGGAGACUUGACGAUGAGAAUUGAGCUGGAUGUCAAUCCAACCCGUAACCAUGGGUACCCUACUCGACUGUAACCGGUCAACGAGGGUAAUUACCCGCUUUGACGGGUCAAGGGGCGGGUACGGGUAAUACCUGGUUUCAAAAUAAAGGGUAGGGUACGGGUAUGGUAAUUGAUAAUACUCGCCCAUGAUACCCGCCCCGCUAAUCAAAUGGUCAAUUUUCCUUGAGAAAUUUAUUUUUGCUUGAGAAAUUGACGAUGAAGAUGUAGACGAUUAUUAUGUUUGUGUGGAUUGUAGAAGCAAGAACAAUUAUUAUGUGUUUGCUGUUAUUAUUUGUGUGGAUUGUUGAAACUAGAACAUUUACAAGUAUUGAGAAUUUUUAAUGGACAAAAGUAUGUAUGUGCAUAUAUGUGUAUAAGUUCAUAGUUUAGGAUUCGUACCCAUGGUUACCCGAAUACCCGUGGUUACCCAGUGAAUAGAGUAUGGUUAUAUAAUUUUCAUACCCGGUAGUUAUUUGGUCGGAUAUUUUAAAAUCUCUACCCAACGAAUUAAGAAUUGGUAUAGGGUAAACCCGCACCCUACCCUAACCAUUGCCAUCCUUCAGAUGGGGCCAUUGCCCUGGCGGGUUCGAGGUAUCCAAGGCUAAAAUGGCCGCAAUCAUUUUUCCAUAUGGCAAUGCCACUGAUUUCACAUUAUUGAACUUGAGAACCCAUUUCACAAGUUUUCAACUUUCCCGUCACAUGGGUAAAAAACGAUUAAUUGCAUCGGAUACCACACAAAUAUUGAUUUCGUUGCAUACUAAUGAUUUAAGUUUUUUUAGUUGCAAUUAAAUCACAUAAGUCGACUUCCGAUUGGACAGUUAUAUUUUACAUCCUUCUUAACAGUAGGUAUCAAAUUGUAAUUUUCCAAUCAAACUUAAAGGAGGUUUUGUUCUUCAACUUCAGGCUGAGCUAAGGAUAGCAAUAGGUCGGGUUGGGUCGGGUUUUGCCAAACCCUUAUCCGUAAAAAAAAUCCGGGGUUAAACUCACUGGGUUUGAAAAACUCAAACCCAACCUAACCCGCUGGGUAUCCGCGGGUUCAUGAGUACUCAUGGAUUUUUGUGGUAAAAAUUUACAAUAACAAGUUCCUAUCAAAAUAAAAUUCAAACAUUAAU